UUGUAAAUCGCGCUUGUCGUCUUCCUCUCCCUGCAUUUAUUUAGUCCGGAAGUGUUUUCUUUGGAGACCAAAACAUCAUAAAGAAUAUUUUACCUGAAUUGUUGCCAAUUUCACAUUAUUGUGUCCUGAAAUUUUAACGCUAUACUCGUCCGUGUGUUGCACGCGCGGAUUAUGAGAGCACCAUUCGGAGGGGGGAGCACAGCGUGAACUGUUGUGAAACCUAGACCCGACCAGACCAAAUCUAAACCAAUCAUGGACGUCUAGAUGUUUGGGCCAAAUGAAGGCCGGUCCAGAUAUCUCUGCACGUUGAAAUCAAGACAAGGGCGGACUGACCAAAUUUCAACUACUUUUCAACGUCCAUGGACGUCCGGUGUCGGUCGGUGCUCGGCGGGUGAGGAUGCCGGUUACAGUAAAUGGAAAGACGGGGCUCAUGGGAAGGUGUCAAUAUGAGCUGGGAGAAGAGACGUUAAUUGAAGAGAGAGAGAGCGAGCGAGAGAGAGGGGGACGGGUUGUCCAGACUUUUCACGUUCUUGCUUUGACCACCAGACGACAAAAAGAGUCUCCGUGAGUCAUCUAUAUGGGCCAUCUUCUCUCGAAAAAUGGUUACCGCCUGAACAAGAGGACACGCAAGCUGCACCACAGGAAGAAGAAGAAGAGGAACUGCUUCCUGCAGGGGCCCUGCAUGCUCUGCUUCAUUGUCCACGGCAAUAGUGGGGGCCUCGACGACGACGACAGCGACCAAUUAGAGACCGGGGUCAACGGCGGAGGCAGAGGACGUUGUCACAGCAACGCCAGUGGUACCGGAAUCGGAAGCGCUUCAAAGCUCGCUGGGCGGUACGCUGCUCUCACUUCCCCUGAGGACUGUGCCAAGUUCCUGCUGUCGCCAAGGGAACUAGCCAUCUGGGAGGGCCAAGGGAGGAGUCUACUGUCGGCCGUGCCGGCUAAGCUGAUUCCACCGCCAGCGCUGUUCCGGAGUGCAGGGAUUCCGGUGCCCAUAGCUGUGGCUGUUUCUGUGCCUGGUAGUGCCAGUGACUACGCUGAGAUGGUGUGUAAGAGGAAGUGUGCGGAGGUGCAGAGGUGCACACCCUGUAAGCAGCCGCGAUGUGCCUUCCCUGUCCCUGAGGGAGGUGUGGAGGAUGGAGGAGGAAGUGGGGAUGCCUCCUCUAACUCUGGGACUGGCCACUGCCACCUCUGCCCCCUGCCCUCAUCCUCUUCCUCCUCAUCCUCGUCUGUCGAGGGCUGCUGUGGGAUGGCUCUCCAUGGCGAUUCGCUGCCCCAGAGUUCUGACUCCUCCCCCUGCUGUCCGCAUCACCAUGACGACUGCCAGGGGAGAGGCAGUGACGUGAUUGACACAUCCAGCAUCAAUCGCCUCCCCUCCUCCAUCCUGCUUAAGGUGUUCUCCCACCUGUCGGUGAAAGAGCGCUGUCUGUGUGCCUCGCUGGUCUGUAAGUACUGGAGGGACCUCUGCUUAGACUUCCAGUUCUGGAAGCAAAUUGACCUCAGUGGCCUACAACAAGUAAAUGAUGACCUCCUGGUGAAGAUAGCGUCUCGGAGGCAGAAUGUGACGGAGUUGAACAUCUCUGACUGUCGUGGCGUGCAGGACCACGGUGUGUGUUCCCUGGCGGCCCACUGCCCGGGCCUUCAGAGGUACACAGCCUACCGCUGUAAACAGCUGAGUGACCUGUCCCUCAGUUCCCUGGCCUUACACUGUCCUCUGCUGGCCAAGGUCCAUGUUGGCAACCAGGACAAACUGACAGACGACGCACUCAAAAAGUUAGGAGAACACAGUUCAGAGUUGAAGGACAUCCACCUGGGCCAGUGUUACAGUAUUACUGAUGAGGGGAUGGUGGCUCUGUCCAAGGGAUGUCCCAAGCUGCAGAGAAUCUACAUGCAGGAGAACAAACUGGUGACUGAUAAGUCGGUGAGGGCGUUUGCCGAGCACUGUCCUGAGCUGCAGUUUGUGGGCUUCAUGGGCUGUUCUGUGACAUCACUGGGAGUCAUCCAUCUUACUGAGCUGCGUAACCUGAGCAGUCUGGACCUGCGGCACAUCUCUGAGCUCAACAACGAGACCGUGAUGGAGGUGGUCCGGAAGUGUAGGAACCUCAGCUCCCUCAACCUCUGUCUCAACUGGAGCAUCAACGACAGGUGUGUGGAGAUCAUCGCCAAGGAGGGGAGGAGUCUCAAAGAACUCUACCUGGUCUCCUGCAAGAUCACAGACCACGCUCUGAUAGCGAUUGGCCAGUACAGCAGCACCAUAGAGACAGUGGAUGCGGGCUGGUGUAAAGAGAUCACUGACCAGGGAGCUACACAGAUUGCCCGAAGCAGCAAGUCACUACGAUACCUGGGCCUCAUGAGGUGUGACAAGGUGAACGAGGAGACUGUGGAGAGGCUGGUGGUUCAGUACCCUCACAUCGUGUUCAGUACGGUGAUGCAGGACUGCAAGAGAACCCUGGAGAGAGCCUAUCAGAUGGGCUGGAGCCCCAACACAUCCAACGCCUCAUAGCCACUGCUGUAGCGCCCCCCCCCCUACACACACACACGCAUGCGUAUACAUUGGCACACACACGCACACACUGACAUAGGCGUGUGCACAGUCAAAGUGAAAACGCACCACAUGGCCAAUUAUGUUUACUUCGAACAUACUACUACACUUAGUAAUACCGUCACACUCAUUCAUUUAAACAAACUGGUUGAUCCACAUUUUCACCUUCUGGAAAGAUGCCUGUAGUUUUGGGUUGUUUUUAUUUUUGUAGAUGUAUUUUUUUAGUCAGUCAUAAGUCAUACACAAAUCAUACUGUACAUCACUGUAUACCUCUGUCUUAGGCUUGUGUAUCAAAGAACUCUAUUGCCCAUAGUGCACUUCUUUUGACCAGAGCCCUAUGUGGCUGUAGUCAAAACUAGUGCUAUAGUACAUGGUGAUAGGGUGUCGUUUUGAGAGUUGACUUUCGCUGUGCUGGCAGUUUUGUGAGCCUUACAUUUCCCCCUAACUCCAGUCUGGAUGCAGUAGCAGACUUGAGGAUAUGGAGAAGCGACUGAAAACAAGGAAACAUUGUUCAUAACAUGUUAAAAACAUUAUACUCUGGUCUCGUUGACCAUUAGGGCUACAUGUUUUGAUCACUUGUUGUUUCAUACUGUUUCAUACUGGACGUGUUUCUACCUUUUCUGUUGGAUGUUCAUGCGCGUGUCGUGUUUCUAAGGACCUGAGGGUUCUCUGACCAUGUGACCCGAUCAGGAAAAACUCCAGGUCCAAGAUAUAGGCUAGUUUUUCCUGGUGAGCUCAAAUGGGCAGGGUAAACUCCCGACCUAAUAUGAGGUUCCCAUCUGAUGGACCAUAGCUAUGGCUCCCUGAUAAAAUGGUACAGUUGAGAGAUUCAAUCCAGCUGCACGGAAGAACAUCAAGGAAAUAUUGUUCCAGCUCACUAAAAUGUAUAUUUUCAUUCCAAAUCUUAAUAUGCUCUUGUUUCAUCUAGUAAAUGUCAUUCACACAGUUGACGGACAUUUGUGUGGCACAGGAGCAGUGUUGGAUAUUGGUUUGUGCAGUUCAGGUUUCAUUGAAUGCCAUCCCUUAUCAUUGUUACUGUCACAGUACACAGUGGGCUCAACAUAGAAGUUGCUUUCGCAGAUCUAGGAUCAGAUGAUCCUACCCCUUAUCCCAACCUUAACCAUCAGGGAGAUGAAUCAAUAUCUGACUCUGGACCAGUGGUCAGGGGCAAAGUCAGCCUAUCCCGAAUGGCUCAGCAUGUUCCCAAGGAGUAGUUUCUCAGCACUGAACACGAGUAAAUCAGAGAAACUCUCUACUUUCACUGAUGGAAACCUACACUUUAAAGUCAUCAUUGUAAAAUGCUAUCUGUUUAACAAUGACUUACCUGGCUGAAGAAAGGUUCAAUACUUCAACUCUUCUGACAGAAACAUUGUCUUGAAGAUGUCUGUACUUGUUCUUAAUGUUAAAAAAAAGGUAAGAAAAAAAUGAACGUAGAUGGGUCAGAACUUGUAAUGUCUUUCUCUGAUAUCGUUUUUUUCUCUUUCUCUCAGUUGAAGAUGAUGUUGUAUACUGUACCAUUAGUAUGGUGUAAUAAUCAAUGGUUUUGGGAUUGUGCUCGGCUGUAUGAGAAUGUAGUGAUUUCCACAGUAUGUAUACUCUACUAUAGGAUUAUACUUAGCCCAAUAUUGGUUUUGUUUGAGCAUAUAUUUUCAGUAUCAGUUGUGUAGCCAUGCAUUUACAGUAUAUCUUUGUUAGCAAUAGGAUCUAAGAUACUGGCUCAGAACGUAUAAUCAUGCCCUUUAUGGAAAUAAUAGGUGAGCUCUCUCUCUCUCUCUCGCUCUCUCUCUCUCGUUCCUCAUCUGUUCCUCAUCUGUCAAUGGUAUGUUCAUUAAGCAAAUAACCAGGGUAUUUUUCUAUGGUGAUAACCAACUGGAAUAUUUUUUUUUUAGAUGCCGUCACUCGACUGUAUACACUAGUAGUGUUCUGAACUUAGGAUAUGAAGUAGCACUGUAAUAUUUUUACAGAAACAUAGAGAUUAGAGACAAUUAGGAACACAUCCCUUGUCAGGACUUGUUGACUUCAGAUCGAGUCCUCGUUCCCCGACCAUUUUUUUUUCUUCGUUGUUGUUGUUGUAAUCUCAACAUUAACUUUCUUUUUCUCUGCUUGAUGUUGGCACUCUUGAUCCCUGAUUUGUUAAAGCAAUCAGUAAACGACUGGAUUUACAUACAGAUGAAUAAAACACUACUACUUAAA